GCUGGUGGAUAAAGAAUAAAUAUCAGUCUAGAUUCAUACGUACUAAGUGUCAAAGCCUUCCAUACAAGACAGUAGAUGGCUACAUUCUCAAAAGCAAGUUUCAACAGCGCGUUAUACCGCACAUUCCGUCCAGUUUACUCCAAGCCGACCUAUGACAUAAUAUAUGAUUUCCACGCGAAAAAGGGAGGCAUAUUUGAUCAGGCAGUAGACAUUGGAACGGGAACUGGCCAAGUAGCUGUAGAGUUGGCGGAUAAAUUCAAACGUGUUCACGGAACGGACGUUUCAGCGAAGAUGCUCGAGGCUGCUAUCCAAAAGCCCAACAUUGACUAUCAAGCUUGUUCUGCUGAGAAACUUCCGUUUGAGGAUAACAGUAUUGAUGUUAUCACAUCUGCUCAGGCUUUCCAUUGGUUCAAGCAUGACGACUUUUUCAAGGAAGCAAAGAGAGUUCUCAAACCUAAUGGUACCAUUGCGAUCCUGGGAUACGCUUUCGCUCGCAUCAAGGAUUCGCCCAAAGCAUCCUUAUUGGUCGAGGAGUUGGGACUGAAGAAGUUGGAGAAAUAUUGGGACCAAGGAAGAGUAUUAGUAGACAAUCUCUACCGAGAUAUUCCUAUCCCUUUCCCUGACACUCAAUACUUCUUCAGUCCAGAUGGUUGUGAUAUUACCAACAUUGGAAAAAUUACCCCUCAGCCAAUUUUAGAACAAGAAAUGACCUUGGAAAAUUUUAGGCAUUACGUCAAGACGUGGAGUUCAUAUGCUAAUUACAUGAAAGAUCACUCAGAAGAUCCUGUGGAUGACAUGAUUUCAAACAUUGCUAAAGUUCUCAACGUGAAAAGUACUGAAAAGCAUUCCAUCACCGUCGAAUGGCCAGCAGUAUUGAUUCUCACCACUCCUCAAUAAAGCGUUGAUUAUAGUAUUCGUUCUAUGAUUUAAGAAAGUGAAAGUAAGAUAUCUCUAAAAGAUGGUCAAACCCAAGAUUAUUUGAAAGCAUGCCGGC